CGCACCACAUCUAGAUAUUCACACAUUAUAACUGUACAUUAUUAUUCGUUCAGUGCUUCCCCAGUUUUGUGCCAAAAGGAAAACAAAUCGCCUUAAAAAGCCGCCAGUAAAAACAGGAAAUUUGUAACCGUUACCUUUGACCGGCUUGUCGAAACAAACCAGCUCUAUUCCGUUUUUUCGUUACUAGUUUGAACGUUUACUCGCGUGCAUUAUGAUAGGCAGUACAAAUGUUUGCAUAAAUUUAAUGAGAAGAAGUCAAAUAUUGAGCCGGCGGGUAAAAGCGGCGGUGAUCAAGCGUGCCUGUUCGAAAAUAUCAAACACAUCGCUGGAGGAUGACGAGAAGACGACACAUUUUGGUUUUCAAAAGAUCAAGGAAUCUGAGAAGGCAAAAGAAGUGUACACCAUAUUUCAAAAUAUAGCUGAUUCUUACGAUAAAAUGAACGAUGCAAUGAGCAUGGGUAUCCAUCGUAUCUGGAAGGAUAUCUUCAUACAGGAAUUAGGGCCAACUCAUGGUACUCAUCUUUUGGACUCUGCCGGCGGCACAGGCGACAUUACAUUUCGGUAUAUAAACUUUCUGAGGAAUACCCCAAAUCCGCACAAUGUAUCUAGUCAUGUAACCGUAUGUGAUAUAAACCAAAAUAUGCUAAAUGUUGGACAAAAACGAGCGAGUGAACUAGGCUUGUUGCAAGACAGUAAUUGCAGUAUUGCAUGGAAACAGGAGGAUGCGGAGAAUCUUUCCUUUCCUGAAGAUUCCUUCACCGCCUACACCAUAGCAUUCGGUAUAAGAAACGUAACGCACAUCGAUAAGACAUUGUCCGAGGCUUACAGAGUCUUAAAACCAGGUGGGAGAUUCUUGUGUCUGGAAUUUAGUCAAAUUAACAAUCAGACUUUACAAUGGUUGUACGAUCAAUAUUCAUUUCAAAUAAUACCCGUGAUGGGGCAACUAAUCGCAGGACAGUGGGACGCUUAUCAGUAUCUCGUAGAAAGCAUAAGGAAGUUCCCAAAGCAAGAGGAUUUCAAAGAUAUGAUCGAAACAGCAGGAUUUAGGAACGUAACAUAUACGAAUCUGACCUUUGGUGUGGUAGCUAUUCAUUCAGGAUUUAAAUUAUGAAUUAAAAAAUCUCCUUUAUUUAUAUGUAUAUAUAGUUAUUAAUUAAUUACUAAAGUUACAAUGGCUGUAUAAUUAAAUUGAAAAAUACUGCGUGUAAAUAAAAUUCGUAACAAAA